UAUCUUCGUGUGGUUUCUGUUGUCUCUCGAGAGUCAUCUAGUAGGGGGAAGCCGAUCUAUCAGACACGUCCGUUGCUCACGUCGGCCCAAACGUUACCAAAAUGCUCGUCUUGUCGGGUUCAUUGGUGGUGUCUUGGUCCACACGGCCAUCUAAUAGUUUUCCUUCGCGGUGCAAUAUAAAGAUCCGAUGUGACCGGGGCUUUUUCCAAACUCUCCUCAAUCAACACAUUCGGAUACGAACAUAGCGUCGGUACAUACAGAGAACCGAGAUGACCAUCCAGUCCCUUUUGAAGAAUGCAACUCUGCCAAAUGAGCCAUGGCUCAUAGACCAUCUUCGAAUCGCCUCGGAGGCUAGCCAGGUUAUCGUCAAUGACCCAUACCUAGACGUGAGAGCGUCGCACUCACAGCUGUGGGCCGAUGUUCUCCAGACACGGACCCGCCUGGGGGACGAGCUCUCACCAUUUCUCCAAAACGGUUUCUUCAAGGAACCGCUGCACAUCUGCGUUUUGUCAGAGCUAAAUUACGAGUUUGUAGUUGGCGCUCUUGCAGUCCUGGCGCUGGGAGGAGUUCUCGUAUCACUGCCAUCAAGCCUCUCCCCACGAGAAACCCUGCAUUUCAUCCGAAACUGCAAGUUGAAGUGCAUCCUGACUGGGCUGAAGUACAUUCCCAAAGCCGGCCAGAUCCAGAAUUGCUCCACUUCUGUGCACGUUAUUCCAAUUUGCAUCAAGACCAACGCUCCCGAGACGUUCUCCGCCCUCCAACUCCAGGUCGAUGACAGCGCCGCCAUCCCAUCCACAUGGCCAGGUCUCGUUGUAUUCUCCUCCGGCUCUACCGGCAUAACAAAGGGUGUCGUUCAUUCACGUCGCCUGCUGAACUCUUUCCCUGCUGUAAAGCCAAACUCGGGUACAGUAGCGCACCGCCCUAUCAGCUGGGCCGGGGGGACAGUAAAAAUCCUCAUGGCAAUCAUCAAAGGUCAGCGUUUGGAGAUAAUCGACCCCAAUCUUGGUCCAGAAGAGUUUUGGAAUCGGUUCCGCGAGGGAACCGUCACGAAUAUGUUCGGUACAGUCUUUCUGUGGCAAAUUCUGGUACAGUAUUUCCAGGAGAUAAUAUCUCGGCUUCCGCUAGAGGACCGCCAGAGAUAUCUCGACGGAGUGCAGAGGUUGGAGAAGCCCCAGCUUGGGGGUUGCUCACCACCAUUGCAGUUGCUCAGAGAUUGGAAAAAUAUAACGGGACGCUCACCAUACGUUGGGUACGGGUCAACGGAAAUGUGCAUAACGCUGCUGAUGACAGAUCCAGACAAUGACGACUUGACGCUAGAGCGAUGUCUAGAAAAGCCGUGCCUUGAUGGAAGUACGAUCAAAUUGUCCGAAGGUGACCGAGGAGAAAUUCUCAUCAAACAGGACUUUACCUUCAUGGGAUACUUAAACAACGAGAUCGCUAUCGAUACGCUCUUCGACGAAGACGGCUUUUACAGAUCUGGCGACCUCGCGCAUAUGGUCGGCGACCAGUUCAUAUUUGACGGCCGCAUCUCGAUAGAUUUCAUCAAGACCAUCGGCGGACCCGUUCCCGUCCUCCAGCUUGAACAAGAGAUUCUGAAGCUGCCGUACGUCGUCGAAGCAUACGUCCUGCCAGUCCCAGACCGCACAUUUGGGCUUCGAACCGGAGUUUUGGUGCGGUUCCAAUCACCGACCGAGCACCAGCAGUCUCUGCGCACGCUACGGGCCGAUUUGGCUCACAGUUUGCCGCCUUAUUCACUUCCGACGGCUCUGCGAAUCCUGCAGGAUCACGAAACGAUCAGUGUGACCGAUUCUGGCAAGAUUGCAAAGCAGACGACUCUGGAGCGGUUCUUCCCUGCCAGCCUGGAUCGUGAGCUGCGAGCAGACGGAGCAGUAGAGCUGUGGGAUAUUGUCAGCCCCGAUGGGUUACGAAAGACCAUCUCGUCAUAACUGAAUCAGAGAUUGGAAAAGCCCUCAUCCCUUGGCGAUCUCGGGGGGGCUGACCCGGGGGUUGACCGGGGGGCCCGGGGCUUUCAGAAGCACCCGCCCCAUCUCUAUCCUGUUUCUCUUUGGACAAGAAAAGAGACGAAGAGGGGACAGGGGAGAGGUACAACAAUAAUAAUGAACACCUUAUGUACCCUCCUUAGGGAAACCCUCCAACCGUU